AUGAGAAGCAGGAGCAAUUCUGGUGUCCGUCUAGAUCGAUAUGCCAAGCUGGUCCAGCAAACCAUCCUCUGUCACCAGAAUCCAGUGACAGGUUUGCUGCCAGCCAGCUGCGAACAUAAAGACGCCUGGGUGCGUGACAACGUGUACACCAUCCUAGCAGUAUGGGGUCUGAGCCUUGCUUACAGGAAGAAUGCCGACCGCGAUGAGGACAAGGCGAAGGCUUAUGAGCUGGAACAGAAUGUGGUUAAGCUUAUGAGAGGUCUUCUCCAAUGUAUGAUAAGACAGGUCUCCAAAGUGGAAGAAUUUAAGUACAGUCAGGGCACCAGGGAUUCCCUCCAUGCCAAGUAUAACACCAGUACCUGUUCUACCGUUGUUGGGGAUGAUCAGUGGGGUCAUCUGCAGCUUGAUGCCACCUCUAUCUUUCUGCUGUUCCUGGCACAAAUGACUGCAUCUGGUCUUCAUAUAGUCUACACUCUGGAUGAGGUUACCUUUGUCCAAAAUUUGGUCUUUUACAUUGAAGCCGCUUAUAAAACGGCGGACUUUGGGAUGUGGGAACGUGGCGAUAAGACAAACCAGGGGAUUGCUGAGCUAAAUGCCAGCUCCGUAGGAAUGGCCAAGGCUGCCCUGGAAGCUCUGGAUGAGCUGAAUUUGUUUGGUGCUAAAGGUGGCCCCCAGUCUGUUAUCCAUGUGUUGUCUGAUGAGAUCCAGCACUGUCAGUCUAUUCUUCAGUCUAUGCUUCCAAGAGCUUCCUCAUCCAAGGAGAUAGAUGCUGGUGUCCUCUCCGUCAUCUCCUUUCCUGCCUUUGCUGUAGAGGACGCUCAGUUAGUGGACAUCACAAAACAGGAAAUCAUCAACAAGUUACAGGGUCGAUAUGGUUGUUGUCGUUUUCUUCGUGACGGAUAUCGUACUCCAAAAGAGGAUCCGACCCGGCUGUAUUAUGAGCCUGCAGAGCUGAAGCUGUUUGAGAAUAUUGAGUGUGAGUGGCCUCUCUUCUGGACAUAUUUAAUCCUCGAUGGUAUCUUCAUCGGUGAUCUGGAACAGAUGCAGGAAUAUAGAGAUGCUCUGGAAGGCGUCCUCAUCAAGGGGAAGCACGGCAUCCAUCUAGUUCCAGAAUUAUACAGUGUUCCCGAGGAGAAGGUAGAAGAAGAAUAUAGAAAUCCGCACACUGUAGAUCGAGUAGCCAUGGGGAAACUUCCACAUAUGUGGGGACAGUCACUUUAUAUUUUAGGGUGUUUGAUGUCUGAGGGUUUCCUUGCUCCAGGAGAAAUCGAUCCUUUAAACAGGAGAUUUUCUACAGUUCCCAAACCAGAUGUAGUUGUCCAAGUGUGCAUCCUGGCAGAGACUGAAGAGAUCCAUGAUAUCCUUAAAAGACAUGGCAUACACGUGGAGACAGUGGCCAGUGUCAGCCCCAUCAGAGUCCAGCCGGCCAGGAUCCUGAGUCACAUUUAUGCCAGGCUAGGACGCAAUAAGAAGAUGCACCUGACCGGAAGGCCAUACAGAAAUAUGGGCGUCUUGGGAACUUCGAAACUGUACAGCAUCCGACAGAACAUUUUCGCAUUUACACCCCAGUUCAUAGAUCAACAGCAAUUUUAUCUAGCCCUGGAUAACCGGAUGAUCGUAGAGAUGUUGCGUACGGACUUAUCCUACUUGUGUAGCAGAUGGAGAAUGACUGGGCGGCCCACCAUCACCUUCCCAGUAUCUCAAAGCAUGCUCGAUGAGUCCGGCAAAGACUUGGAUCCAGCCGUUUUAGCUACCCUGCGGAAACUCCAGGAUGGUUACUUUGGAGGUGCCAGGACACAGACUGGUCGCUUGUCUGAUUUCCUUACCACAUCCUGCUGCAAACAUCUCAGCUUCAUGGACCCCGGUGUGGAGGGUAAGCUGUGUGCCUGGGGGAGUGGCUCGCACAAGGGCCAGUCAAUCAUUGUGCAGGAGCCAGACCCGCCCAUGCAUGUGGCUCCGUCAGCCGAUGAUGACUCUGAGGAUGAGGUAGCUCAAUAUCUCAGCCAUCUAUUGAGCACCGGCGCACCUAAACCAGCACCUGCCACACAGAAAGGGGGACUGCAUCGCUUCAAAGCGGCAAUUCACAGCACUCGGGAUCUCAUAUCCCUUCGCACAAAAGCUAGAAGCCUCAAUGUGCAGGGUAAGAUGUCUGUUCAAUAUAAUUUUUAUUGUACUUUUAUAUCUUUAGAAGUUUUCAUUUUUACUUUUGUUGAAGUAACCAUGUUGGUUCAGAUCUAG